AUGGCUCUUACUGGCAACAACCCACAACUGAUCAGUGUGUUACUGCAAUCUAUGCAUGAUGAGUUUCGUAUGAAAGAUCUUGGUCGCUUAAGCUAUUUUCUUGGUCUCCAGGCACACUAUCACACCACAGGAAUGUUUCUGAAUCAACAUAAAUAUGCAGAGGAUUUACUUUUGGCAGCAAGCAUGGCUGACUGUGCUCCUGCUUCCACACCGUUGCCUCUUGAGCUUCAAAAGGUCAAAGGACAAGACGAUCUCUUUGAUCAACCUACUCAUUUCCGCAGUCUAGCUGGUAAGCUCCAGUAUCUGACUCUAACACGACCGGACAUUCAGUUUGCAGUCAAUCUUGUCUGUCAACGUAUGCACGCUCCUACUGUUGCUGACUUUAGUCUGCUUAAGCGCAUCAUCAGAUACAUCAAAGGUACUGUUGAUUUUGGUAUUUCCUUCUCCAAGAAUGCAGAUUUCACAUUACGAGCCUACAGUGACAGCGACUAUGCGGGGUGUCAAACCACUAGUCGUUCCACUGGCGGUUUCUGCACUUUCCUUGGGAACAAUCUCAUUUCUUGGUCUGCAAAACGUCAGAAUUCAGUUUCUCGUAGCUCCACUGAAGCAGAGUAUCGAUGCCUAUCUGACACUGCGGCUGAGGUAAAUUGGAUAAAAGAUAUGUUGGACAACAUUGGCAUGCCUCUCACACACGCUCCUGAGUUAUACUGUGACAAUCUUUCUGCAGUUUAUCUCUCUGCAAAUCCGACAUUACACAAGAAGACCAAACACUUUAAAGUUCAUUAUCACUAUGUGAGAGAACAGGUUGCUGAUGGUUCUAUGAUUGUCUAUCAUGUUCCUGCUACUCACCAACUGGCGGAUAUAUUCACCAAGUCGUUACCUCUUCAAGUCUUCAAUGAUCUCAGGUACAAACUUGGUGUGGUCUCUCCACCCACCCAAAGUUUGCGGGGGGGAUGUAAGGAGGAUCACUGA